AUGUCGGUAAUUCCAACAAUAUCUGAAGAAACUGGAAACUUUCCCUUCUUGCAGAAAUUUUUGAAGGAAGCACCGUUAGAAGAAAUAACCAUAAGUAGAAUUUUACAUGAAACAUGGAGACUGUACGGUUUUCAAACAAAUAAUGAUGAUUGUGCACGAAUUGUUGACAUCCUAACGGAAGUAACGAUGGAAAUUAAUGAACAACAACGCAAACUUCAUCUCGAACAACUACAAGAUAUAGAUAAAGAUUAA